GACAAUGAUUUAUGGUUAUUUCCCAGUAACUCGUUAUGAAUGCAUGGGAUGGCCUCCACUAAAGGACCCCUCGCUCUGCUUGGGCUCAGCGCGGCCGGGCCAUCUAGCCUGGCGGGGGAAGCCGAAAUAAACUUAACAGCUGCGAGACGUUUGUGCUUUUAAAUGAUUGAUUAGUUGUGAAGCCAUUGCAGGUUAAUCCAUAUGUCAAGUAUAUACAAUUUAACGUCCACACUCGGUGAAUUCAUCUAUUGAACCGAUAAACAAUUGGAUGUAUUUCUUAGCUCGUUAGCUAAAUAUGUUGUCGCUAGUCUGUCGUAGGUCUUAGCCAGCUAGCGAUAGCUAUUUGUUGACAAUCGUAGCGAGACGGGCUGUGUGUCAAACUGCAUUGUGUUCAUGCUAGCUGGCUAGGGUUUGGUCCCGGCAUGGGGGACAUGAAGACCCCAGAUUUCGAUGACCUAUUGGCAGCAUUUGACAUUCCUGACAUCGAUGCUAAAGAGGCCAUCCAGUCUGCUGAUGAGGCUGACGGGCCAGGCGGUGCACCUCUGGGAAAGCCGGACGGUGGGGUUGGUGUAGGGCCACCUCUGAGACCAGCUAGCCCCACGGACCCACAGGCUGACACCCCUAUUGUCAGCGUUAUCGUAAAGAACUGUGUACGACCUGACAUUGAUGGAGGGGAUGAGGACACAGACCAGAACACUAUGGACAGCAUUGCCGGGGUCGCUAUGGGUCCACGGCUCGGUGUCUGUGCCCCAGACAUAGCGGAAUCUGAACCACUCAAUCACAAUGGGUUUGGGGCUGCUGGUAUAACUACGCCCCUAACCCAGGCUCAGGCCCAAUCUAAUGGGGAGCCGUGGUCAGUGUCUACCCCCAACACGGAGGGUGGAGGAGGCGGUGCUGGAUCAACUAAAUCGGUCAAGCAGGUUGGCAAUAUAUUCAACAGACUGAAGCCUCUCAUGGCGCAAGGGUCAGGAGACCCUGUAGGGAGGGCGAGGAAGAUGCAGCUCCUACAGCAGCAGCACACACGGCAAGAGGCAGGCAAAGAAGCUUCGUUAUCCUCCUCUUCAUCUGUUGUGUCUGCGUCUCUUGUCUCAGGAGUGUCAGCAGGACUGUCCUCUCCUUUCUUCCCGCCUUCCAAGCCUCUGCUCCCGUCCCCGCCAACCACCCUCUCCUCAUACCCGUUGCACUCAUCUCAGCCGUUUAACGGGGCACCUAAAGCUGGCCCGACAUUGUGUCCCAGAGACUCAGAGGGGGUUGAUUCCGAUCCGGACCUAGGGCCCCCGCUGCUGAUCCAGGAACCCCCUGGCUCCCCCUCCCGCACCCCUCCCAAACUGACCUGUCGUUUUAGGUCCUCUGCUGGCAGCUCUGACUCCACCCAUCCCAUGGCCUCAUCGGCAGCUCACCCCAAACCAGGGGACACUCCCUCGGGCUGUAGAGUGACCUCAACCGCCCAGUCCACCAAGAGUCUACCACAGGAAGACAAACACCCAAAGCAUGUUAUAGAAGAGCGAGACUCACCUGAAAGUCCUGAGCCAGAAAUACCCAUAUCGGCUGCACCAGUAACCGCCAAGAGGUGCUCCAGCCCUGCAGUAGCCUCCACACCACCACCCUCAGACCUUCAGGAGCCUAAGGAGGAGGAGGAGGAGAUGGAGUUGGAAAAUGGAAUAGAGAAGGCUAUGGAUGGAGAGGAAGAGGGUGCAAGAACAGGAGAGGAGAAAAUGGAAGUGGAUGAUGGCAAGUCUACACCUCCAACCACUGAAAGUUGCACCUCAACUCCAGGAGGGCCUGCUGCUCCUGCCCGGCCCCUCAAAGUGCGGAUAAAGACCAUCAAAACCUCCACUGGUGGAAUUACCAGAACUGUUACCAGAGUCGCACCCAAAGCAGGUGCUGCUGGAGCCAAGGGUUUGGAGCCCAGCAAAGCUCCACCAGGGGUGCGGAAGACCCCAGUCAACAGGGCCUGGAAACCUGACACUCCCUCUGGUCGUAUGGCACCCUCCCAGUCACAGAAAGCAAAGAGUCUCAACACACUACCCGUGUCUACACUAGCAGCCAGUAGUGCUAUGCUAGCCGCUGCAACCAAGGCUCAGAACAAGAUGGCUGCCUCCUCGGACAAGGCCAAGGUAUCUGCCACUGCUGUUAGCAUCACUAAAUCUGCCGCCCUGCCUGCCACUCCCUCGGUUGCCUCCUCUCCGAAGUUCUCAGUAGCCACGGGCGCGAUGAGUGUACGUCCUGUUGGUGCUAAAACGUCUAACGGGGGCAGCGCCAGCGUCCUAGCCGGUACUCACCAGCCAAACAAGCCUGCCUCCAUUGUGAACAGCACGGGCGCCGUCAUUUCCCGCAGCCAGUCUAGCCUGGUGGAGGCCUUCAACAAGAUCCUCAACAGCAAGAACCUGCUGCCCAGUUAUAAGCCUGACCUCUCGGCGGCUCUGCCCCCAGAGUGGGGGCUCCCUCUGCCUGCCAUGGGCUACCGCUGUCUAGAAUGUGGCGAUGCCUUCGCCUUGGAGCGCAGCCUGGCUCGCCACUAUGACAGGCGCUCGCUGCGCAUUGAGGUGACCUGCAACCACUGUGCCAAGCGGCUGGCCUUUUUCAACAAGUGCAGCCUGCUGCUCCACGCCAGGGAGCAUAAGGAACGAGGGCUGGUAAUGCAGUGCUCUCACCUCGUCAUGAGGCCCGUCACCGUGGAGCAGAUGAUUGGCAAGCAGGACACCACACCCAUCAUCUCCUCCCCCUCCACCACGUCCGGAGCCCCCGCAGUGUCAUCCAAUUCCAGCCCACUGAAGGACACACAGUCUCCCUCUGCAGCCCAGCUGAGACCGGUCCGCCGUGCGCCCCAGAUCCCCCAGGUGCUGAUGCCCCUCCCCAGCAAGAAGGGAGAGGUGCUGCAGUACCACAACUUCAAGUGUCCUGAGUGCCAGGCCCAGUUCUCUGGCAAGGCCGAGCUGGUCGCCCACUUCCAGCAGAUCAGAGCUACCCCCAACUCGACCUGUAUGCUGUGCUCCCCUCCCAUGAUGCUGCCUAACUGGUGCAGUGUGUCGGCUCACCAGAGGAUUCAUAAGCACCGGGCACCCCACGUCUGUCCAGAGUGUGGGGGCAUCGCCCGGCAGGCCAGCUUCCAGACCCACCUGGAGGAGGCCUGUCUGCACUUCGCCCGCCGCAUUGGAUACAGGUGCUCCAGUUGCCAGGUAGUCUUCGGGGGUCUGAACUCCAUCAAGUCCCACAUCCAGACGGCCCACUGCGAGGUGUUCCACAAGUGCCCCAGCUGCCCUAUGGCCUUUAAGUCUGCCCCUAGUGCACAGGGACACAUCAGCACCCAGCACCCCACCCUCACCGAGGGACAGGCCAAAUUGAUCUACAAGUGUGUGAUGUGUGAUACAGUUUUUACCCAGAAACCCUUACUGUACAUGCAUUUCGACACCCACCUGGCCAAGCAGAAAGUGCAUGUGUUCAAGUGUCCUGACUGCACCAAACUCUACGCACAGAAAGGUUCCAUGAUGGAACACAUAAAGACUGCUCACAGAAGGCAGUCAGUCAAACAGGAGGGCCAAUCCAAUGCCUCUGCCCCUGCCCCCACCAACCCCUCAGCCCCCUCCCUCCCAAAAUCCAAGCCCUCUGUAAAAAAGGACAACUCAGAUGGGGAGGACUGGGGCCGAGACCAAGAGGAGGAGGAAGGAGAGGAAGAGGGGGGUGAGGACUAUGAGGAACCUGAGAAUCAGUCUAGUUCUAUGGAGGUAGGCAGCCAUCGUGGGACCAUCUCAGAAUGGAGCUGCCAGCAAUGUCAGAAGACCUUCACACAGAGCGACGACUACAUCUCUCACAUGAAGACCGAGCACGGAAAGACUAUGAAGAAGUUCCCGUGUUGUGUGUGUGAGAGCUCCUUCUCCACCUCUUCCAGCCUGCGGCGCCAUGUACGCGUCAUCCACGAGGGCAACAAGAGAGUCUUCCACUGCCAAUAUUGCACAGAGGGCAAGCGGACCUUCAGCAGUCGGCUCAUACUGGAGAAGCAUAUCCAGGUCCAUCAUCACAGGGUCAGAGCCACUGACGGACAGAUCAGGAAGCGUUCAGUCCCGGGUAAGGGCCCAGGCAGCUCAUCUGAACUUGACGGGGAGGGGGGGCCACCAGGGGACGAGGAAGGGGGCGGCACGGACAGCAGAGAGGCCACAGAGGGGGGCGAGGAGGGCAGCAUUCCUGUGAAGAAAACGCGAGCGUCGGCGCUUCCCGAGCCCGAGGAGGACGACAACGUGUUCCGCUGCGUGCCGUGCGGCUUCGCCACGGAGGACGGCGCCGAAUUCCAGCGCCACAUCCCGCAGCAUCGCGCUGAUGCCGCCUCCUUCCAGUGCCUGCAGUGUGGCGUGUGCUUCGCCUCGGCUGGCUCCCUGGGACGCCACCGUUUCAUCACCCACCGUGUGAGAGAUCCCCAGGGGGAGUCACACCACAGGCCACCCCGCACCCCCUCCUCCCCGGACGGCUUACCCUCGUCCCCACAGGACGGAGAGGACGGUAAGGGGAAAAUGAGCUGCAGGGUGUGCAGCCGGCGCUUCGACAGGGCCUCCGACCUUAACACCCACUUGAGGACCCACGGCAUGGCCUUCAUUACCGCCCACAAGACGGACAAGCCCCAGUAGGGUGAAGUUGCCCCUCGAUGCUGAUCCUGGGUCAGUUUUGCAUUUCCCUCAUUAAUGGUUAGGAUUGGGGGAGAAGAAGCAGAUCCCAGAUCUGUAACUCGGGGAAACUUCACUCCAGAGCCGGACAAGCCCCAGUAUGGAAAGGAGGGGUGAGGCCUCGGAGAUGAGGGGUUUUGACUUGGAAUAAUUUUAGGGGAACUGAAUGUGGAUAGAUGAGAGCUUACCCAGAUGUGCUUCUGUGCCGUUUUGAGCCACUUGACCUCCUUUGUCACACUUGCAUGCUGAGCAGUGGACUGGACACGCAUGAGGAUGGGAGUUCUGAGGGUCAAGACCACCUGAUCAUAGCAUCGAUAUCAGCCAUACGUGUCCAACUUUUCCAUGAUUGUGUACGUUUUUCUGCCAUUAAUAUGGUUUGUCUAUCUUAUUGUGAACCAUGCUAUCAUUUCUACAUGCAUUUCCUUCCUUUUCCAAGCUAUGUGUCUUGAAAGGUAUUCUGUCUCGCGUUGCAUCCACACCGACCCACUGUACAAAGAAAGCACUCUUGUUGGUCAUAGAUCAGUUUCUAUGGGUCCACCUCUUUAGUGAGGGUUCGAUAACUGUUCUCAAAUCAGUAUCUGAAGCAAAAAAUAGUAUUGAGAGUAACACUGAUUUUAAGUACUAAUGACAUUGUUCUAUUUAUUUAUAUGAAACACAUUGUUGUCGUUGUUUGUGAGAUAUUGCAGCCAAUCUUAUGGUAAAGGGAACUUGAAAUGUAUGACACAGACAGGUGAGAUUUAUUUCUCUGUUUUGAUACGCUGAACAAAAAUAUGAACGCAAUAUAUAAAGUGUUGGUCCCAUGUUUCAUGAACUGAAAUAAAUUAUCACAGAAAUGUU